GUUUGGAGCGUUCCGAUUGGCCGUUCGGUUUUGGCGGGUACCUACAGCGCCUCCACCGGAACGCUUUCGAGCUAGAAUCACAGCUCUCUGAAGUCUUGUUUAGUUUUCAGAGCGACUUUUCAAAUAUCACACACAAUGUCUGAUGAUGCUGCACCAGUGAAGCGCGGCCGCAAGGCCAACGCCGAGAAGGCUGAAAAGAACGACGCCAAAGCCGAGACCAAGAAGCGUCCAAGAAAAGAGGUGGCGAAAGCCGCUGAUGGCGACUCCAACGACGAGGGCUCGUCGCCGGUGAAACGGGGGCGCGGCAGACCAAAGGGCUCCACAAAAAAGAAGAGCGCACCAGCCAAGCCCAAAGCGAAAGGCACAGGACGCCGAGGCAGACCAAAAAAGGAGGAAACUAAAGACUCUGCCGACGAAGACGGCGAAGAGAACGACGCCGCCGAAGAGGACGAUGACUAAGUUGAGAAAGUAAUUUUUUUAAGCGCAAAAAUGAGGUGACCUUUUUCAUAUCUUUGUUUAUGGUUUGUUCUUCACUCCCACCACAUUAACAUUAAUUUAAGUCUAAAACACACUACUAAUCAUUCCAUUGUAAGUUGUGCCAUUUCAUGUUCUCUGUUUGUAUUUGUAUUUUUACUCUCAUCACAAGGUUGCCCUUUUUACUGUAAGAAUGAUAAUUUUAAGUUGUGUGUAUGAUAUUAAGGAAUUAGAUAUUUAUCUGAAUUAGUACGAAUCUCGAUGUAACCUGACGUCUCAUUGGCAUUCAUGUAAAAUUAGUCUUGUGGACGGUUACUUUGAAUAAUAAAGAGAGUACAUUUCAAUCCUUUUUA